AUGCGACUCUCUACAAAGAGAGGAUCUAAGGGAACAGGACUACAACAUAAAAGGACAGAAAAGCAAUCAACCAUCUGCUUGCAGCAAAUGAAUGUAGAUCCUUCAGAUGAUGAAGCUGUUGAGAAAGCAAGUGAUAAUAGGACAGCAACACAUCAAGAUUCAGAUUCCAAACCUGUUGUGACAAAGAAAAGAAAGCAGCCUACAGAGUGUUUUCUAAGUCAGCCUGAAGAAAAACAAGAGAGUGCUGUAAAGGCAAAGAGGAGAAAGAAGAAGAAAAUUUCUGAUAUUCUGGAAAAAUCUGCUCCAAAACCUGGUGUCCCUGCAGAUCUACAAAAUCUGCUUAGUCAACAUUUUGGUGAAAACCGUUCAGUGAUUGAAAUAGAUGAAUUAAAGCUGUCAGAUUCCUGUUUUUUGCCAGCCAAUGAUCUCACCCACAGUUUUUCUUCAUACUUGAAGGAAAUCUGUCCUAAGUGGGCAAAACUCCGUAAAAACCACAAGGAGAAGAAGUCGGUCGUGAUGCUGGUUAUCUGCAGUUCUGCCCUUCGUUCCUUGGAACUCAUCAAGUCAAUGACAGCAUUUAAAGGAGACUGCAGAGUCCUCAAGUUGUUUGCAAAGCACAUAAAGAUAAAAGAACAGAUGAAUAUGUUGGAGAAAGGCGUGUUCCACAUCGGGGUUGGAACUCCUGGGAGAGUAAAAGCGCUAGUGGAGCAAGAUGGCCUGUGCUUGAACUCCACAAAAUAUAUGAUUCUGGAUUGGAAUUGGAGAGAUCAGAAACUAAGGAGAAUGAUGGAUAUCCCUGAGAUAAAGAAAGAAACAAUUGACCUACUGGAGAUGUGUAUUAUAAAGCUGUGCAGAGAGGGGUCUGUGAAGCUGGGACUCUUUUAAUGGUUUUACCAACAAGGAAGUCGUUUGCAACUGCAUUUUACUAUUAUCCUGUCUACAAUUUGCAAGUGAUUAAUGGGUGAUGGAAUGAAGAAUUUCGACUUUUCAGACGUCUAUCAAUACAGAAAGAAUGCAUAUUGCAACUUUUUCUGAGUUUCCUUUUAAUAAUAAAAUAGAAGUUUUGGUUAU